GAUCACCAGCAGGUGCAGUCGGGCUCUCCAACCACUUUUGCACCUCAUUCCACACCCGUACAGCCUAGAGGCCAGGUAACUCAAGGUCAAGGUGCUGGUGGAGGUGUGGUUAGGCCACCAGUUCAGCAGCAACAGCAGCAGCAGCAGCAACAACAACAGCAAGUUAAUCAACAGCCCUUCUUAGCGGCGGGACAAGUAAUGCAAGGUAGUGCGCCAGUUUUAGCUACUUCUGCUGCUGCUGCUGCUAGUUCUGCAGCACCUCAAGCCGCUGUUGGAAUGCAUCCUGGACUUCUGCAAACAGGUGCCCCUGCUUCAUCUUUUCCUCUUCUCAAUACAAUCUCCAGCGGAGUUAAUGUAGGUCCUAUGGACCAACAACCAGUGCCGGCCAAUGUCAAUUUCAACUACCUAUCUCAGCAGCAGACAACUACUGGCCAACAAGUUCAGCAGCAGCAGCAGCAAUCGGCUCCUAAUUUUGCUGCGAGUAAUGGACCUACGAACUAUAAUCCUCAACAUCAUCAACAGGCCAUUAGAAUGAGUGAUGAACGACCACAUGAUAGAGAAGUGACUUCCGACACUGAGGUGAUUGGUCAAACGGAUGGGGUCACUAACUAUGCAACCUUACCAGCUCUCCAUCACACCACAAAUCCCCAACUUGUCUCCAUUGCCAGCUCACCCACGCUUAUUGCUAAGGCUUUAAGAUCGAGAGAUCGAUUGAAUGAGAGCAGUUUGAGACGUCCAGUUCCACGAUUGGGUCUUGGGGCCUCAGCUUCCUCGUUGGUGUAUAGUAGUCUGCAUCGUCGGAGGAUUCCUAUCCAUGGUCAUAGCCACCAGCAUCAGCAUCGCAAUCAUCCUCGAGCAGUAUUUGGGUCACCAAGGCUCCUUCACACAGUGUACAAUUACUCCUUGGCAUGUCAUUCCUCCCGUAAACCUCUGCGGGUUUUUUCAGACCAUCAGUAUGUUGGAGUUAUGAAUCAUGCCUCAUGGCCAUCGGCCUCCAAUACGUCUGGACAGACACUGCUCUCUUCAUCGACUCUCCGUUUGCUUGCUGUAGGAAUAUCUUCCCACGAUUUUACACUUUCAUUUCUCUCCUAG